UGACUCCCCUGUGAACCCUCGUGCCUGUCCUACGCGAGCAUUCCACAGCAUCUGCUACUCGCAAACCACACUGUCACCCUUCAACUUUACAGCAGUCAACCAGCAGCCCUCACUGCUUGCACCUUGGGGCCCCGCUCAGGUGGUGACCACCCACUCCAUAUCCAGAACGCUGGGACAUCAGUCUUCUUGGCCAACAUCAUUCCGCCUGAUUCACUGUCACCAGGCCGCAACCCCAGGCAUCUGCAGGGCAACAUACUUAACCUUGCAAGAUGGCGAACGCUCAAUCUACUUCGCCAUCGGGAGGUCCCGGCCAUGUCUCACCAACCAGCCUUCCUGGAAACGCGGCCAAUUCCAAGAUGAGGAAGCGGACCAAGACCGGCUGUCUCACGUGCAGGAAACGCCGCAUAAAGUGCGGCGAGGAGCGACCUACCUGUGCAAACUGCAUCAAGUCCAAGCGCCUAUGUGAGGGCUACAACCAGCGAGUCAUCUUCAAAACUCCCAUUGAAGACUGGCCAAAUCACCCGGGCGUGGUUAGUACAAUACAGUACCAUACCUCAAUGCUACCUGGCUCCCGCAAUCCACAAUACCGAGAGCCUGGGCCCGCGACCCAGGCGCAAGACAAGUCACGGACUACGAUUCAACCUCAGCCACAAAACGACUUCGAUUUCUCAAGCGUCGAUCCCACUCCAGGCGUCGGGGCUCCCAAAGUUCAUCAAGUGCUUGUUGGAGGCGGCCACGGCUAUGCACUCGAUCGCGGUUAUCAUCAACCUCUACCUUCACCGCUACACCAUCAACCUCUACAAUCACCCCAUCAUCAAAUGCAUAAUUCGACUGCGCCAUCAUAUUUUCCUCAACCCUCACCAGUACAUACAAUUCCUCCGGCACAGUAUAAGCACGAUUCAAAUGCCGCUUAUCAAGAAUCUCUACCGUAUAGCCAGAGCCAAGUGUAUCCGCCGGUAUCCGCCGCGUAUGACAACCACCUCGAUUCGAGGCCUGCUGUAUCUGGGGGUUUGCCGCAACAGUCCCUCUACCAGCAAUCCUAUCAAAUGAGUGGCCAGCAAGAAGCCGAGAGCGCUUAUCAUUCACAGUCAAGUGUCUCGCCUAGAAGCGAGCAAUAUUCUCAAUAUCCGGAGCCACAACCAGCACUCCAGCGAUAUAAUAACCAAGCGGGAGCUUACAAUUUCCCCGCAGCAGUUGCCCAUGCUGACUUUAACCAUUCAAGCUAUCCACCUGUUCAGAUGCCCUUUCAUGAUAUGACUUCGGAUGUAAAAUAUAUGCCACAGCCUGUUCUCGAACAAUCCAUCGCUGUAUCGCAAGCACAGCAUAGCCAACCACGACUCCUUCUAAGUGGAUUCGGGGGUGACGAUCAUGUCAGUCCUACACAGGUACUCGAUGACGCCGCGGUCGAAAAUGAAGACGACGACUACUGGGACGUGCAGUCAGACGAAGAGAUGAUCGACAUGGAACCUGAAGAAGACGAAGUUGCACUGCUGGCGAGUGCAGACUUCGACAACAUUCGUCGGAUACACCUUGAGAACUUCAACGAGCUUGGAAUCAGACGAUAUGAUGCUUUUCUCUACGAUGGCCUCUUGACGCACUACCGGCCAGAGUACGCUGCGAGCCCGUUGAGAAAUCCAAAAACUGCUCGAGUUUUCGCACACUAUAUUCAUGUGACGGGACCAAACCUAUCCAUCUACGAACGCAACCCCAGGAACUCGACUUUGAUCUUCGAAGGUGCCACGCCUCCUGCUCAACAAGGCUUGUGGACAUACAUACUUCCCCUGAAGGCGCUCGCUCACCAAGGGCUCUUGCAUGCCAUGUUAGCGCUUGCUAGCUUGCACAUUGCAAGAUUGCAAGGUGCCUCGAUCACCCCAUCCUACAAACACUACGCCUAUUCGCUCAAGCGCCUUGGGCGUUCUCUUAGCCAACCCAAAAAACGUCUCUCGAUAUCUACUCUAGCUACGUCUCUUCUGUUGGCAUACUAUGAAGUUUGGACGGCUGAACACUCAAAAUGGUCUACACAUCUUGUUGGCGCGACUCAAUUGAUCACUGAGCUCGAUUUUCGGUCACUCACCCGAGAGGCCCGACGCCUCAGAGCCGCACAAACCGCGCAAGAACGGCAAUUUCCCUACCAGAACCCCGAGAUGCUCAUCGAUCAGAGGCAGUUCGACCGAAAGCUGAAAGAGAGCGCUAUGCUGCUAGACGAGAAUUUAGUGAGCACGAUAGUUGGUAAAACUGUCAAUUACGACGAUUUUGGAAUAAUUCUCGAAGAAAAUGGUGCAAGACAGGAGACUAGACCAAAUCCACCAGGAACACUAGACUUGAGGAGCUUUGAGACUCUUCAAGACUUGUACUGGUAUCGCGCUAGACACGACAUAUAUCAGAGCAUCGUGAGCGGCAGGCCUCUCAUCAACGCCUACAGAAAAUGGUCAGACUGCCCCCCACGAGCCCCCCUUGGCCGCACCGAUGCCCUUUACGGGUCUCACGACCAUAUAGUCCUCCUGAUCGGCCGGAUCGCAGACUUCACAGCUCGUGAUCGAGAACGCAAGCUUCGACAGGUAGACGCAGAUGGAGGUUGGAGACCUAGGCCUGGUAUGCCCGGAAUGGGCAACAUGGGACCACCAGGUUCAGGGGGUGGACAGAACGGUCAACAGCCAACACCUACUACACCAAUGGGACCUCCUCCGCACAUGCAAGGCCCACCUCCACCCGGCUGGAAGGGUCCGCCUCCUCCAGGCUUUGGUGCACCACAGGGAAUGUCUGCGGGGCCACCUACACCUGGUUCCGCGCCUCAAUCCCAAAAUAGAAGCCCUCCCGGAGGCCCACCGCCAUCUGCAAUGCCCACCUUCUACGGCAUGGCUCCUUCACAGCCAUCUGGACCUCUUCCCGCUAGCUACGAAAACCCGGACUACGAGCAGUCGCCUACAACACCCAACACGCCACAUCUCAGGUAUGCUGACUUGCCUACUGCUUAUGAAAACGCACUUGCCGAAUGGAAUGACAUAUCCGCCGCCCACGCAACCGUUGCACAUAUCUUAGCUAGCACAGACUCGUUUGCACCUCUUCCAGCAGAUCAAGGCCCGCCCGUGCCGGGAGGCAAUGGGAACAAGACACCUUUUGGCCCAGCCCUGGUCCACCGAAGUUACGACAUUAGUGUUCUCUGGACCCUCCUACAUCUCGCCCAAAUCAUCUUGCUACGAUCUCAUCCAGCUAUGCCACCAGCGGCGCACAUGGCAGCCGGUGUAUGUGCACAAGCAACACAACCAUACGCUACGCUUAUUGGACGUAUCACGGCCGGUAUGCGGAUUCCCCUAGGCGAGGAUCUCUCACCGUUUUUAGGCGCCGUAUUAACCGAAUCAACAAUAUCUUUGUUCUUCGCAGGCAUACAAUUCCAGAAUCCGGUUCAACGCGAGUGGCUCAUCACACGACUUUUGGAGAUUGACCGUCGUACGGGAUGGGCGUCCGCUGGUAUGAUUGCGCGUGGUUGUGAGACAUCGUGGGAGAAGGCUGCGAGUAUGGGGAGGGGACCGCCGUAUAGUCGCCGCACUCGUCGCGUAGGGGAGAAAGGGCCGCUGGUUCUUGAUAUGACGAAUCCAGAUGGAGGAGCGAAUUGGAGGGAGAAGGAUGGGGAUGCAUUUGGGAAGGGCGCACGUGGGGCGGUUCAACGGCCGUCAGCAGAUUUGCAUAGCCGCGCGGGAGACUCAAGAGGCGUUAGUGGGGCAAAAGGAGCUGAUGGAGGUACACAACAGGGUAGUGAGGGGCAGAUGAGCGGGGAUACAAGAUUUGUCGUCAAUAGUAGGAUGUCAUCUUGGGCGAUGAAUCUCUUAGGCACAGAGGAGGAUCUGCGCGCGGGUAUGGAAAGAUUCGGACUCUGAAAGAGAGAUCAAAGAGAAAAAAAUAAGUUGAAAGAUGGAUUCAGAGCAAGACACGGACAUGGUGGAUGUCUGGAGCA